ACAAGCCGGUCUCCGUCGUGCAUCAUAACGAUAAUAUUGUAAUAAUAUUAUUAUAGGUGCCCGUCCGGCAGCGGCCCGUAAUGGUGUCUCGGACCAGACGUUUUCCGUGAAAAUAAAAAAUAAAUAUUAUAAUAUUCGGUCGGUUUCGGUUGCAAGACGCCGACGACGAUCAACGACGUCGUUGGCCGGAGCUCAAGUCUACACGAACGGUUACGUAUAAUGACGACGAUAAUAAUAACGACGCGUAUUGCACGUGCCGGCCGUAGUUCUCGCGCGAUUCACAAGUGUUCGGUCGUUUGGCCGCCGGCCAUCUCGUCGUGAGAUCAGCAGAACUUUUUUUUUUUUUUUAUUAUCGUUAAAUUUUUUUCCCCCGUUCCGCCGCAAAACCGCCCCCCGAUCGGAUCCGAGAGGAACAGCCGCCGCCGCCGUCGUCGUCUUAUAAUUAUUAUUAGCCGUUAUGUAAUAUUCUCCGACAACUGGCACGAGGCCCAGUUGCAUAGCUCUGCAGUGCCGUCGUCGAGCGGUGGUAAACUUCCGAAGCGCUAAAUAUAGAAGUCGACUGAACGAAGCGCCGCACAGAACACUCAUCGUCAUUCGCCUGCUUCGGAAAUUCAAUACAAUCGUCGCCGUCUCCAGUGUGUGUGUGUGUGUGCGCGCGCGUCCGACAGUGCCUUCGAUUUAAUACCCAAGUAAUAUUGUAUACGAUUCGUUCGUUUGUUUGUUUGAAUUUCAUUGUCUUCGAAAGAAGAUGAGCGACGAAGUGCUGGACUCGGUUAAGAAAUGCGUCGGCGUCAUAAAGGGCGCGAAGACGGACACGGAGAAAUUCGCAGCGCUGUUCAUGGUCACCAAGACCGUGAAAGCCGAGAAAUGCAACCCUCGCUCCAAACUCGCCCUGUUCGAAGCCAUCGAGUUCAAAUUCAUCAAACGUCUGUUGCUCAGCGACGAAGUGCCGGCCGGCUGUCCGCCGUUUGUCUACAAGUCCGUGGCGAUGAGCAUACUCACAGCGCUGUGCAGCGUCCAAGAGGUUGCCACGCAUCAAGAAAUAUUACAGAACGUUGACGUGUUCCUAGAUAUUGUGCUCAGCGAAGGUGAUGAAGACGAAGACGAAGCGGACGAGGAUAAUCUCAUGCUGGUCAAUGAAGCUUACAAGUGUUUGAAUUUUAUUGCCACGUUUGAACAGGGCUUAAAAGCACUAUUUGAUGUCGACACAGUAGGAAAAAUGUGUAAGGUGUAUUCACAAAAAAGUUUUCAGACAGACGAAGCAUUAUCGCUGCUUGUGACCAUCGUUGAGAAGUUUGGUCCACCUUCCUGGGAAAACAAUGUCCAAAACUUUAACACAUUGAUGAACAUCUUAGCAGUUGAUUUUGAAACCGAUCAUAGUGACCGAAAAUUUAAAUUAUGUUCAAUACUUUCACCUUUAUUAGGCAAUUGCCCGGUAGAAAUUGUACAAAACACUUGCGAUAAUGAAAUAUGGCCAACAAAAUUAUUCUUAGGACUGCGAGACAUAUUGACUAGUAAGCUUGUUAAAGCACAACGAGAUCCAGCAAUCAAGUUAGCAUCGCAAAUGCUUACUACAUUUGGUGCCGAAUGGUCACUACAAGAUGAAGCAAAACCAAAAGCAUUUUUCUUGAUGUUAAUACAUUUGGCUUCAAUUGAAAUACGUAUGCAUUUGGAAGAUAAAAAAUUUGAACAGGUAUUGGUUGCAGAAAAUUUACUUGGUUCAUGUUUCACAAUUCUGGAAAUAUCAAUUGCGUUCAUUUCAGCAGACACUUUAGAUUUAGAAGAAAAAGAAAAACAACAAACAUAUACAGCACUAAAAGGAGCAUUUUCUGCUGUAUUAAAUGUACUAAAAACAUUGUCUGUAUCUAAGAAACCUUUAGAAACCAAAGAUAAAUGUUUUAUAUGUUUGAUGCUCAUGUCACUCUCUGCGUGGUUAACUCUAGACACAUCUGCAAUGAAACCUGCUGUGAACAAUAUUUUGCCAUUUGCCUUACAGAUUGCCAAUGAAUCAUUCUUUGCAUAUCGUACACGUUACAUAUCAGAAAAUGUCAAAUCUGAAGAUAAGCCAGUAACAUAUGAUCCUUUGAGUUCCGUGGAUGUAUUGAGAGCAUUUUUACCAGCUUUAUGUCACAUAACAGUGGAUGAUAAGGGUCGCGCUGUAUUAUUAAAAAUUAAACAAGAAGAGGUAUUACAAGAAUGUUUGGAAUUUCAUUGGUCAAUUGCACAUUAUAAAAAACCAUUGAUACCAAAAUCUGAAAGAAGUAAACCCAGAGGACCAGAACCCGAAAUACCAGCCGAACGUCUGAAAAAAAUGGCUGACUCUAGAGGUGCAAUCAUUAGUAUAUGUAAUACAUUCAUGAAUAUCUGUGUACUAGAAGUAGAUCAUGUGAAAAAGAGUCCAUUGUUUUUUACCCUUAUGAAAUUUGUGUUUGAUAAUCUACCCGAAUUAAAAAACAAUCAUGAAAACCUUGUUGUGUAUGGCAACAUGGCUGUUUUAGGUUUAUUGCUACUGAAAAUGAAGACUGCUUACAUUAAGAAAAAUGACUUUUCUAUUUGCCGUUACAUACAGGCAACAAUUCGAUUUUUGUGGGAUGCGUACACAGUUGAUGAGAAUAGUAACAGUUCACGAUUUGCAUUAGGUCAGUUGGUUGUGACUAUGACUUAUAAAGAAUCAUGGAUUGAGCUGCAAGAGUUAUGGUUUUUGGGCAUGCAAAACCUUAGUGGUAUCUUAACCCUUGUUCCGUGGAUAUCAGAAUUUGCAAUUGAAAGUGGUUGGGCAGAAGGCAUUAUAGACAUGUUGGUAAAAAUUAAACCAGGUUCACUUCCAACCAAUGUAAAAUAUGCUUAUGAAGAUCUAUUGUGUCGCCUUAUUGAUGCAAACAGUGAUUUGAUAGCCACCCUCAAGAAAAAAGACGCUAUUACAGCAUGCCGGGGUCAUAAAUUCAUGGAAUUGGGUAAAAAAUUAUUUGGAGAAUAAUUUUACUAUCAAACCAUUUGUAUUUUAUUUUCUAUAGCAUUUAUACUUAUAAACAUUUUCAUUUUAUUGUGUACGAAAAGCAAUUAUAUAUUGUAGUAUUUGAAUCAAAAAGUAUAUUAAAUUAAGGACUAAUAUUAUAAUUAAGGGACAAAUAUUUGAAAAUAUAUUUUUAAUUUUAUGAAAUAGCAAUUAUUUUUUAUUUGUGUGUAUUAAAUUAAUUUCAUAUUAUAUGGCCUAAAUAUCACUCCAAACAGAAUAAUCUUAAAUUAAUUAUUAUUUUAAUAAAAAUCAAGUUUCUUGAUGAAAAUGUUUAGUAUAUAAUAUUUAGUUUAUAAUAUUAUUUUUUGGUUAAAACGUUUGUAAUGAUUAAUGACUGAUAUUCUGUUUUUGUUACUUCAUUCGAUUGGGCACAAUUAUAUAAAACCAAAUUGUAUUUUUAUGUUAGUACACAAAACAACUGUAUUUCUGUAUUAAAUCUAGUCAUUUAUAGUAUACUUACCAAUUCUCAAUUAAACCCAUACACAAUAUUA